AUGAUGAUUUCCCGGAGAACCGUUUCGAGUCCGGGUCGGGUCGAGAAAUAUCGACCACCUUUCAUGGGGUUCUUGAGAAGUAAAAGUAACGCCGGAAGCAUAAGUAGAAACCGAAGCCGAAGCCGAAGUAAAGGAAGGUCACGCGCGAGUCCUCUCUUCGUUCGCCGGAAUAAAUCUGUUGCGGCGGUGACUCAAGAACCGUCUUCACCGAAAGUCACUUGCAUGGGUCAGGUCCGAGUCAAACGAUCGAAGCCGAAAAUCCAUCUCCGUUCUCGCGUCAACCCGACCAAACGACGAUGCGAGUGGAUCCGAAACGCGUCGUUUUGUAACGGUUUAACCGGGAAAACCAAAUCGUCGUCGUUUUGGCCUAAAUGGCGAUUGUUUAAGUUUCCGUGUUCUCAUCGGGAAUCGAAGAGUGAUAAAGAGAAAGAUUCUCCGAUAAACCAAUUAGAUCGUCCGGCAACGGAAUCAGCUGUAGAAACUAUAGAGAUGAAUGAAGAAAAUUUUAAAAGCUCUAAAUUAGUUGCGUCUACGCCGCCGAUAAACGCAUUUUUAUUGACGAGGAGCAGAUCUGCGCCGUUCAGCUCAUCUUCGUUAGCUUUCAGAUUCUGGGAAGAGAAUAACCAAAGAGAAGCAGAAUCACUUAGUGUUACAUCGGAAAAUACUAAACCGGAGAAAAUUAACGAGUCGGCGAGGUCUGUUGAAGCCAACAAUGACGGAAAAGAAGCGGAAUUAACGGAGUUAGGUUUUGUACGGCGGCCGGAGUUGACAAGGAGCAAAUCGGCGCCGGCGAGGAUAGGGGAGAAGAUGGUGUGCUUCUGGAUGAAGAAGAAGGUUAGGCAGGGUUUAGGUCUUUCACGUGAUUAG